AUGGAUGUCGACUCACGUAUGCCGUUCGCAUCGGCGGAGGCACUGCUAUGGGGGCCAGAAAUGAAACAACAGCACGUCCAUCUGCUCACGGAGAUGCGAACGCUUCAGCAGCAUCAUGAAGAAUACGAAGCCCGCAUCAGAUCUACCGAACACGUUGCAGAGGCUGCCGAAGCUGCCACGUCCAGGGUCCGCCACUUGGAGCAACAACUCGCAGCGAUCGAAGCUGAAGAUGACGACAAGGCUUUCGAGAAGUGGGCAGCAGGCGAGAUGACGCGCCUGGGCAUAUUCGUCGACACGAACAAGCACGUCAGGCAGAAGCAGAUCGAGCUGGACAAUGUUUUGUCUCAUGCUGUGGACGGUCUCGACAAGCUCAAACAGGUCCCCAGGGAACUGAAGGGUGUUCUUCGACGUCUUGAUCUUCUCGAAGCUGGUCGUAAUCAAGACGCGCGUCGGAUCGAGAGUUUAGAGCAAGAAGUCACCCGGCUCAAAUCUACGCGGCAGGAUCCCAAGUCCAAGUCCAACACCGCUGGCCCACAGACCGUUUCUAAGCCUCAGCAUGGCAUGCUAAGAUCCAUUCCACCGUCUCAAUUACUCAACGCCGGAACUUCAGAAGUAACAAGUGACACGGACGAUGAAGACCUGAUACUCAUGCCGGGUUUUGUACGUGAAGAGAUUCAAGUACCCCGGAGUCCAGAGAUGAGACAUAGGUAA